GAAAGUGGUUAUCCCUCCUGGAAGAGAAAAGAAAAGAAAAGACAACUUCUCUUCCUGCAACUCUUCUUGUUUUCCUUGUUACGUGGCAUCUUUCUCAAAGACUGAAGCUUUUUCAACAAUGGCCUCGACCUCGCUCUGUAUCCUAAGAAACUCGGGCAAGUUCCAUGCUUUACUCUUCUUUCUCCUCUUUCGUUCCUUAUCGCUCUGUUUGUCUGCAACAACAAUCGACACACUCUUGCCGGGUCAGGACAUCAGCGGCAACAAGACCUUAGUGUCGCCCAAGCAAGUGUUCGAGCUCGGAUUCUUCAGCACUGUCGGGUCCUCCUCCGUGAACUACUACGUGGGCCUUUGGUUCCUAGACGACCCGUACCAGAAACCCAUCUGGGUCGCCAACAGAGAUAACCCAAUGUUGGAUUCCUCGGCCGUUCUCACCAUCAGGUCCGAUGGGAAUCUGGUGAUCACCGAUAAGAGGCAGAUUCCAAUGUUGGUCAAUAAUGAUAUGCUUGCCCCUAGUAACAGCACGCAUGCCACGCUUCUUGAUUCUGGCAAUUUCGUUCUUGUGGAGGGAGAGAGCCAGACCGUUGUCUGGGAAAGCUUCUUUUAUCCAUGUGACACGUUGUUGCCUGGGAUGAGACUUGGGUGGUUCAAUUUACGGACCGACAAGUUGAGGAAACAGUUCCUGGUCUCGUGGCGGACCCCAUCUGUUCCUUCCACCGGUUCGUUCGCUCUCGGCAUUGAUAGUAAUAACCAGACUGCGAUCCGGGUGUGGCACUUCAACUUCUCACGGGAGAUUGGGUAUUGGGACCGCUGGAGAUUGAGGUUCCUCUUCAACAGCUCACUGGAUGACUACAAUUUCAGUUACGUGACUGGCAGAGAUGAUAUAUAUUUCACUUUCGCUAAUAGGAGAAAUGAUAGCGUUUCCUGGUUUGUGAUGGCACCUUCGGGGGAAAUUCAAGCUUUCACUAUGAUAGGGAAGGAGAUAUCAAUGAUGUAUAGUCCGAUUUGCGAGAGUACUUCCUCUUCCAGUGCAACUGACUGCUUCCUCGAGCAGCCGGUGUCUUGCAGCAAUGGGAAUAACUUUUCUGAGAUAGAAGGGGUGAUGCCAAAUCCUACUGUGUUCAAUGACUCAGUUCGUCUGGGUAUUAGCGACUGCAGCAUCAUGUGCAGAACCAAUUGCUCCUGCACUGGUUUUGCUUCUUAUCGAGACGAUGGGACUGGAUGUGUGUUUCAUUACGAGGAAACUAGCUCCAUUUUAGACAGAAUUGGCCAAGGUAAUGCCACUGUAUACAUCCGUGGGAAUGCAACCAAAACUGCUGACCAAAAUCCAAGUAGAUCAGGUUCUUGGAACAAGAGGCUGCUCUGGUUGAUUGGAAUCAUUCCGGCGGCUAUAUUGGUCAUUUCUGUGGCAAUUUGCAUCCCAAGAGGGAAAUAUUCCACCUGUCUAGCAGCUUGGAAGGAGAAUUGGACCAACAAAAAUCGAAGUUUGGAGCUGUUUCUACAACAACUGGGUUCAGCACGAGGUCAAAGCAACGACACCAGUAGACUUGAUUCCGUCAGAAAGAGGGUUCAUGAGCUCCCAAUUCUCAGUUUCUCUUCUGUGGCAACAUCUACAAAUAAUUUCUCCCCCGCAAAUAAACUUGGAGAGGGUGGUUUUGGGCCUGUAUACAAGGGCGUGUUGCUGGGCCAUGAAUUUGCAGUAAAAAGACUCUCUAGGAAGUCCGGACAGGGAAUAGAGGAGUUAAAAAAUGAGGUUCAAUUAAUAUCCAACCUUCAACACAGGAAUCUCGUUAAGUUGUUGGGCUGUUGCAUAGAAAGGGAGGAAAAGAUUUUGAUCUAUGAGUACAUGGCAAACAAAAGCUUGGAUUCCUUUCUUUUCGAUCCUAACAAGAAGCAACUGCUGGACUGGAGGAAAAGAGUUUCUAUAAUUGAAGGGAUAGCUCAAGGGCUUCUUUACUUACACAAGUAUUCUAGGUUAAGGAUCAUACAUCGAGACUUAAAAACCAGCAACAUAUUGCUAGAUGACGACAUGAACCCAAAAAUAUCAGAUUUUGGGAUGGCAAGAAUUUUUGGGGAGAAUGAAGCAAGGGCAAGGACGAAUAAAGUUGUGGGAACCUAUGGUUAUAUGUCUCCAGAGUAUGCUGUACAUGGGCUUUUCUCGACGAAGUCUGAUAUAUUCAGCUUUGGUGUUGUUAUGCUUGAAAUCAUUAGUGGCCAAAGAAACAGAACUUUGGCUAAUCUAGAUCACUCUCUAAACCUGCUUGGAUAUGCUUGGGAGCUCUGGAAUAGCAACCAAGGCAUAGCGUUAAUUGAUCCGGUGGUGGCUGACACAUCGUCAAGUAGCGGACUGUUGCUAUGCCUCCACAUUGCUUUGCUGUGCGUGCAAGAACGCGCAGAAGAUAGACCCUCGGUGUCAGAUAUUGUUACUGCAUUAAGCAACGAAAAUGCGGAUCUGCCCCCACCAAAGAAGCCAGCGUUCUCAGCCAAUAUUGAUUAUUGUAAUUCACUUCAACAGCAAGAUCUUCUGACUAAUGAUAUAAGCUACUCUGUCAUAGAAGCUAGAUAACAACUGUAGAUACCACGUCAACAGCUUCUGCAGCUAAGAUAUUCUAUUAAUUUGUGAAUAUUCAGUCAAGAAUUUGCAUGUGCAGUGAGAUUAGAUCA